AAAAAAAUUGGAAGAUAUAUACAAAAUACAGAGAUCAGAAAGUAUCGAUGGAACAAGUUGGGGUUUUGUACCGUUUGGUAGUAACGAUAACGUGUUUCGUGUGUUUAGGGUUUAAUGGUGGUAUGUGUUCAGAGUCAGAUGCAUUGAUCAAGACUUACGUGUCAUCAUCGCUACCGUCUAACAAUGACUUGGUCCAUUCCGCCAAGCUUAAGGUCGUAAACAGGAUCUCUGAAUCGGAAUGGGAUUCACUUGUAAUCAAGUCCGAACUCCCAGUCGUGGUUAUGUUCACAGCCGACUGGUGCGGCCCAUGCCGCUUCAUCGCACCUAAAUAUGUCGCAUUCUCAGAGGAGUUCACGGGGCGGUUCAAAUUCUACACCGUUGACGCUGAUGUGGAGCAGGCCAUCGCAGAACGUUGCGACAUACGCGCAAUGCCAACCUUUCUUGUCUUCAAAGGCGGAGAGAAGGUGGCUGUGGUAGUUGGAGCUAAUCCUUAUGCAUUACUCAGUGUCUUGGAGAAAUACGUUUAAUGAUGUCCCUUGGCUCGUCUCGAAUCCUUUUAUUUUCAUUUGCUGCUUUUCUUCAGUUAAAGCUUUGCUUAUGUGUACGGCUACUAUGUUAUCGACUUGUACUUGUCUCCUUUUUUUUUUUUUCUAAUGAACUAUGUCCUAAAUAAAGAGAAUACAAUUCAAUAUGUAAUAACAUAUUGGGA